CAGUGGCAAUUUAAGAUGGCAGAAACUCUUCACAUGAAUCCACACGUGUAUGAAAAUCCUAGUGAGUAUGUCGCAAGAGACAGUGGUUUUCAAGAAAUGGUGAAGGGUCAAAUUGACGCCACAACAAUAGCACUUAUAGACAAAAAGCUGACAUUUGUUAACGAAAAUGAGAUGGAUAACAUUAAACAUAAAAAAAAUGAAGCUG